UUCUAUAUUGUGUGUAUUGUAUACUGCAUAUUGUAUAUUAUUAUUUAUAUAUUGUGUUAUGUGUAAUUAUGUGUAUAUUAGAUAUGUAAAUUGUGAUGUGUAAAUCUGAUGUUUAUUGUAAAUUGGUAUAUGUCUCAUCACUGUCACGACUGCUAUGUUGCUCGGAACUGCACCCAAGAAUUUCACACACCAUUGCACUUGUGUAUACGGUUGUGUGACAAUAUAAAGUUAAGAAGUGAAGUAAGUUCCACUGGUGAAACUGAAUUAAACAGUCAUUUUAAUUGGCAAUAAUGACAACAGCUCUGCUCAUAAAGCUUAAUAGGAUGGAAAAUGCUAAAGUGGCAUUUGAGCAAUUAGAGGAUCUCUUUUAAUAAACUGUGCAUUUUCCUCUCUCACUAUUAUAGAUCUUAUUCACAGCAGCGUUAUCUUUGAUUUUUAAUAGGAAUGACAUAGAGGCUGUGAGGGAUAGACUUACAGUCUCUUCAGUGGGCUGUACUGCAGUUUAAAGUGUUUUUGGAUUGUUCCACAGACAAAACACUGAUAAAAUAUCUGUCCAAGAACAUUCAGUAUACAAAGAACUCCAGACAACAUGAGUUGUGGAAAAUCAGAUGUAAUCUAUGAGCUUUAUACAGCUUUAUACCGUUCGUGCCAUUGAAGAUAUAGUAAGUCUAUUCCUCACAGCCUCGAUGUCAUGCCCAUUAAAAAUGGGAAUGAAAGAUGGCGCUAGCAUGAAUAAGGUCUAUUCCUGUACUUUUGUGUUGUGUCUGUUUUUAUUUAUUUAUAUAUUUAUUUUUGUUAAGAUUUAGUGUCUGUUUUGAGCCUUUAGGCGAAUUCCAAACAGUGUUUUUGCACUCUUGAAGGGCACUGCGGGAAGUGGACACCACAGGAAGCGGUGUUCCAAAUGAAAGUGAGCAACUCAAGCCCUCCACGAAAGGCUCUUCCUCUAGCAAAGGGUACAUGCGAGGGUCACUUCAAGGAAGUAAUUUUACCAUUUAUGAUCACAUGACCCUGGGUGGUGUGUCCUCGGUAUAUGUGUCCCGUCUGCAGGAGAAGAUCUUCAAGAGAAGAACCUCCUCAUAAUCUGGUGUUGAAGAACUUAUGUGACUUGUUUGUGAAGGAGAGAAAUGAGAAGGAGAUCUGCAGUUUACACAGAGAGAAACUCAAACUCUUCUGUCUGGACGAUAGACAGCCUGUGUGUUUCGUGUGCAGAGAUUCAGAGAAACACGUCAAUCACAAAUUCAGACCCAUCAGUGAAGUUCUUCCAUCUUACAAGGAGGAACUCAAUACUGCACUGAAGUCUUUACAAAAGAAACUGAAACACAUUGAAUACAUUAAAGAAGAGUUUGAUAAAGCAGUUCAACACAUCAAGACUCAAGUUGAGCACACAGAGCGUCAGAUUAAAGAGGAGUUUAAGAAGCUUCAUGAGUUUCUCCGAGAUGAAGAGGAAGCUACAAUCACUGCACUGAGAGAGGAAGAGGAGCAGAAGAGUCAGAUGAUGAAGGAGAAGCUUGAGGAGAUGAACACACACAUCUCAGCUCUUUCACACACAAUCAAAGACAUGGAGGAAAUGAUGAAAGCCAAUGAUGAUCUGUCAUUUCUAAAGAACUUUAAAGUGACAAUGGAAAGAGCCCAGAGAUCACAGCCGGAUCCACAGAUGACUUCUGGAGCUUUCAUUCAUGUGCCACAUUACUUGGGCAACCUGACAUUCAGAGACUGGAAGAAGAUGCAAGACAUUGUCCACAAGACUCCUGUGAUUCUGGAUCCAAACACUGCACAUCCACAUCUGAUCCUGUCUGAUGAUCUGACCAGUGUGAGAAACAGUGAGAACAUUCAACCGAUUCCAGAUAAUCCAGAGAGAUUUAACUGGUUUGAGUGUGUUCUGGGUUCAGAGGGUUUUAAUUCGGGAACACACUGCUGGGAUGUGGAGGUUAAAGACAAUAGAUGCUGGAUUGUUGGAAUAACUACAAAAUCAAACAAGAGGAAGGGAUAUGAUUUCUUUAACACUGAUGUCUGGAGUGUGGAGUAUGAUGAGUUUGGAUCAUUCCCACUAUACCUCAGAUAUUCCUCCACUGUGUUUCCUGUCACACAGAAUCUUGAGCAUGUGAGAGUUCAUCUGGAUUAUGACGGAGGAAAAGUGUCAUUCUCUGAUCUUGUAACUAACACACAUCUACACACAUUCACACACACAUUCACACAUACACUCUUGCCAUUCUUCUGGAGUUAUGAUUUCAUAUUCCCUCUGAGGAUUUUACCAAUAAAGUGUUUGUAAUAACAGAAAAUCAAAGUAAUAUCUGAUUUUAUUAUUAUUUCAGUUUAUUUCAGGUUAAAUAUGUAAACCAUAAUCCAACACACUGUAGACUACACAACUCACAUCUCAACAAAUAAGAUUGUGUAUUACCAUACAAGAUUUCUUAAAUCUCAUUUAUGUCAUUUCAUUUAUGUGCUCGUAACUCGUAAUUAUGAUAUUUCCGACUCUACUUGAAGACUGUGCAUCUGUCAAGCUAGUAGAACAGAAGGAAAGGAUAUGAUAAACAUAUUAUUAUUGACAAGAUUUUGACAUUACAACAAAAUACAGAUAUUAAAUAUUCUGUUUUACAAGGAGUACAUUUACAUUUAUGCAUUUGGCAGAUGCUUUUAUCCAAAGUGACUUACAGUGCCCUUAUUACAGGGACAAUCUCCCUGGAGUAACCUGGAGUUAAGUGCCUUGCUCAAGGACACAAUGGUGGUGGCUGUGGGGAUUGAACCAGCAACCUUCUGAUUACCAGUUAUGUGCUUUAGCCCACUACACCACCACCACUCCUACAUCCCAUUAUGGAAAUAAACUGUGUUGUGAAUGUUGAGUUUAAAUGCAGGUUGAUGAAGCUUUAUAGUGAACAUAUAGAUAUAUGUAGUGUGUGUGUGUGAGUGUGUGUGUGUGUGUGUGACUGUGUGUGUGUGUGUGUGUGUGUGUGUUGUGUGAGUGUGUGUGUGUGCGUGUUUGUGUGUGUUGUGUGAGUGUCUGUGUGUGUGUGUGUGUGUGUGUGCGUGUUUGUGUGUUUGUGUGUGUUUGUGUGUGUGUUUGUGUGUGUGCGUGUUUUUGUGUGUGUGUGUGUGUACGUGUGUGUGUGUGUUUUUGUGUGUGUGAGUGUGUGUGUGCGUGCGUGUGUUUGUGCGUGUGUGUGUGUUUGUGUGUGUGUGUGUACGUGUGUGUGUGUUUUUGUGCGUGUGAGUGUGUGUGUGCGUGCGUGUGUGCAUGUGUGUGUUCGUGUGUUUGUGCGUGUGUGUGUGUUUGUGUGUGUGCGUGUGUGUUUUUGUGUGUGUGUGUGUGUGUGCGUGCGUGUGUUUGUGUGUGUGCAUGUGUGUUUGUGUGUACUUAUAGUGAACAUAUAGAUAUAGACACAAAGAGCGUGUGUAUUGAUCUGUGUUUCUACACACAUGCGUUAUCUCAGCAGACAGUGUCUCUCGCUGUCUCCAAGAUUCAGGGUAAACAAAGCUUUAUUGGCCUAACAAAGAUCACAAUUUUGACAAAGUGUUCCAGUACAGGUGUUUGAAAUUGUUAGAAUAGACAAUAUGGUCGAGUGAGAGUGUUAGAUUUCAUUUCAGGGAUCUAAGAGCGGCUUGCAAGAAAUGUGUCUUACAUGUGAACAGUCCAGACAAACUCAGAGCCAUUUAAAGCAAACUGAACUGAGAAGCUAAAGUGAACCAUCUCAGGAGGUUUUCUGAAUGCGAUUCCCUUAUAGUCAUAGUGUAAAUGCUUUUGUAUUGUUUAUUGUGAACACGAAUCGCUCCAGAUUCACUUUAUUUACACAUUAACAAACUUUCAUUAGGCAUUUAACUGAGAUCCUAUCACAACUAAAAGGGACCAGAAAGAGAUCUGAGUCCACUUUCAGGACCAGGGACAGUGUGAAUGCAAAGUGAACUGGAUUCUGUUUUCACUUUAUUUGUUCUUUUGUUUGUUUUUUGGUUGGUUCACUUUUUAGUCCACUCAAAGCAGUCUGAGUUUUGUUCUUAUAACUAAAGAUGUCUGUUUAUGAAUAAAAUGAUG